GUAAAGUAUUCCAGCGACCGCCCACCGACAUGCCGGAAGGAACGAAGAAGGAAACUCGCGCUCCGCUGAAGAAGGUCCUGACAGGGGCCACGGGCCGCCGCUCUCGCAUGGACACGCAGGUGUCCAUUCGGAAAGCUAGAAAGGAAGAUGGGUACAAUCAACGACGCAACCUCGCCGCGCAAGCCAAAGCCCAGGCUGAAAGCCAACCUCAGGAAAAGUCGUUGCUGAUUGAACAGCUUGCGUCGCGCAGCCAGACACUGUUGGUGGGGCUGCAACAUCCAGAUAAGGAAGUACGUCGAAAGAGUUUGCGAGCGUUCGUCUACCUCAUGAGCUCGGGGGUGCCGCCUCUGUUCGAUGACGGAGACCCGCAGCACAUUCCGUUGUGGAACACCAUCACCACCGCCGUCCCAUUCUUUGUCGCGACACUGGACAAUCCCGACGUCCCCAUGCAAUCUGACGCGGCUUUUGCUCUUCGAUUUAUCUCGUCGAUGGAUCGAUCCGCCCUCGUCAUUCAAGGUGGCGCCCUCCCCAAGCUUGCUGUACUUUUGCAUUGCGGUAUAUCUGAACUACAGAUCCAGGCGGCGUGGUGUCUCGGCAACGUCGCGAGCGAGUCCAAGGCGUGCUGUGAAGCUGUUGUUCAAAUUUGUCCGCCCAUCCAGGUCAUUCCGCACAUUCGGUUGAGUACGCCGUCGCUCCGCCGCGCUGCUGUGUGGCUCUUGCGCAGCAUGAUUGACAUGACGGACCUCCUAGCAACGAUGCAGGUGCUGACGUCGCAGUUCGAGACCGAGCUUAUCACUGUCCUGGGCAACGUGAUCAAGCAGCUUGUGCUGGAAAAAGCCAAAGUGUGGGCCAAGGACAAGGACAAGGCGGAGGCGCCGUCGGUCGCCCCGUGGCGUCUCUUUGAGUUUCACACGGGAAAACCUGCGCCCAACGACAUUGCGGUCGUUCGACUGCUGCGAGAUAUCGACGAAGCGACGGUCGAGGUGAUCGACGUCGACGUGAACUUUGAAACGGGUGAAAACGUGACUUUUCGUGCCACUCGGGCGUCCCUUCGCCCGCUCCAAGCGAUCGAAGACGCCAUUGACGGAGACGGUGACGAAGACAACUCGGUCGCCCAGGAUGCCGAGACGCUCGCGCUUGAUGAGAAGGCGCUGACAUUAUGCGACUCGGCGUGGUCGGUCGUGGAAGUCACGUUGCACAACGCGUCGGUUGUCGACGUCCUGCUUUCGACGGGGGUGCUUCCCAAACUUGUGGAUGCGCUCCACAUGUACACGUCGCCAAUGGUGCUGUCGCCGCUCCUGCGAUUGCUCGGUUACCUCAUUUCGCACGACGAAGCGCAUGCCCAGGUGUUACUGGAUGCGGGGCUUUUGGCCACGUGCCCCCGCGUUCUCCAAAACGCUAGUCGCGCCAUCCGCGAAGAAGUGUGCUGGUUGCUAUCCAACUUGGCCGGCGGAAAGGUCGAACACAUGAAUGCAGUGUUGGCGGCCCCCGGCGUCGUCGCUUCUAUAGUCGAGCAGCUGACGUGGGCCGAGUACAGCGUCAAGCGGGAGGCUGGCUGGGCGGUAUGCAACCUUCUCGUCAAGGCGAGCGAUGCCGUGGCGGGCGAACUGGUCCGCCUGGACGUCCUGUCGGCGCUCUCGACCCUCCUUGACGAGUAUGAAGAUCCGAGUAUGGAACUCGUGAUACUCGAAGGAAUCAACGCUGUCCUGGAGAAGGGCAAGGACGACGGGAAGGUUGCUGUCGAAGAGAGUGGGUGCUUGAAGUGUGUCGAGAAUUUGUGCUAUGCGGCCAACGAGCAAGUGAGCGCGGCCGCCGCGCACAUUAUUGACACGUGGUUUGACGGCGCCAUGGACGACGACGUGGAUGGCGACGUGGCGCCUGCUGCUGUCGACGCAACGACUAACACAUUGGCGUUCCAGCCUGCGACGGCUCCGUUCCACUUUGGUUAACGACAUUGCUAGACGUGACUUAAAAGGUGUUAUCUCAGAUCCAUGCCAUUGUUCAAAGCCGGUGGAAUCGAGGUAUUUAUUCGUCCAAUUCAUCUACGUCGUCCAGAGCGUCUUCGUCAUCCUCUUCGUCAUCUUCGUCGUCGUCGGCGACUUCGUCUUCGAACGUGUUGAGCGGGACCGAAUAAAUCCGCACGACGGGCUUGUUGGGGUCCUUCAUCAUCACGUACUUGCCUUCCGGCUGCUCCAUGAACAACUCGACCAGCAUCUUAAUGAUGCCCCACGCGUUCGUCAGGCUCAGCGACGUCUGCUGCGCAAAGUCGACGGGGUUGUACGACUGCGUCGCCAAAAUCACGUGCGCCUGGUUGUCCUUGGUGUUGUGGCGGGUCACGUACCCGAGCUUCAUGAGCCCGGCGUUUGCCAGGAGAGCCGAGUGCGUCCACUGCGCCAACUUCGGCGCGUUGUUCUUGAGUUCGUUGGCCAGCAAUGCCCCGCGCUACUCGAGAAAGCAUCAACGUCGCAAUUCCCACCACCAACGAAUCAAGAACCAUCCAUUCAUGUCCACCAACACAAGAAGCCACACACGCAUGCCAUCUCUCAGAUCUUGAACGAUUGUCGAUCCCGCCACCGACAUCUCCGCAUCGCUGCGGGAAG